CACUGUAGGCAAAUUUACAAAGACUCUUUUUGUAAUAAUUCAUUUUUUAUAUAUAUAGUGUGUAAAGGUUUAGUCGACAUAUCAAUGUCCAGCCCCAGUCAAAUAAUAGUACAGGAUCUGUACCGGCGGCAGGUGGAGUUCCAAAUCGGAGACAGUUUGGUCAAUACGAAGGACAGUUCUCAAAAUGCUCAUUUAUGUCAGAGCCAUCUGGAAGUCAAAAUUGGAGACGGUAUAAACAGCUCCCAAAAAGACCAUCAUCCCAUUAAAGUUCUAGCUGAAGAUGCUUCAAAACCCAAAAUAAGCAGAGCCUCUGAAACGUAUUCUACUCAUAGAUAUAUACCUUUAAAAAAAGACGAGGAUGAAAACGAUGAUUUUAGGCAGCUGCAAAAGGUUUUCCAGGAACUAGACAUGUCCGACCAGAUCAUUCUCUAUCGUGCUUAUCACCUCCUGCCCGCUGCCUGUUCCACCCUCUGGCGCACCACUCAAAAACGCCUCGACUUUCGUACUUUUCACAAGAAACUCGGUGUGGAGGCCCAGAACCACUUGCUUGUCCAAAUGAUAGAUCACUUUAAGUACGUCUACUUCGUCGCCGAUAAGCUUCAGGAGAACCUCAAUACCCUUGAACGAGCGGGAAUAAAGUCUCUGAGUUCUGUGCAACGCUGCGAACUGUUGCUAAUGGAUGAGAAUUCCCGAUUGGAAGGAAGAACAACUAAUCGUCCUUUUGAAGGAGAUUGCGCCGGAGUAAAGGGGAUAGCCCAGUGGCCACUGCAUGCUCUUCCAAAACUUAUCCGAAAUGUAAGACGUUUAAAGGCGCACUGCGAAAUCCAGGUGCACUUCAUAGAGCAUUUCCAGCAUUUAGAGCUACUCGUUCUUUAUGGCUCGAUCACUCAGACUGCCCUAACGGGUAUUCUGGAGCAUUGCCAAAAAUUGUCCAGGUUAUUCCUAAAAUUCGAAAACGACGCCUUGAGCUUAAAAUCUAUCGAUCAGUGUUCCAAACUGAAAGAUUUAUCCCUAUCCACCGGACUUUUUGCCAGCCAAAAGGAUCUGGUGAUGAAACUGACCGAUCUUCGUCUGCUAGAGCUAACACACUGCGAAAAAGACAGUCAACUAACUUUAGAGUGCCUUAAAUGUGUGUUAGGCCAACGGCCGGAAGCUGUGGAACAGGUUCAAAUAGAUUGCUGCUGCUUCCAGGACCCUAACUGGAUAAAGGAGGUGGGUCUGAAUCGUUGUAACCAAAUAAGAGGAUUUGUUUUGGCAAACUGCAUCUUCGGUGAUCGCGAAAUCAGCCAGUUGUCGUUUCCAAAAGUCCACAAAUACAUCGCCCUGACCAGCUGUCACGACGUGAAGGAGUAUCAGGUUCUGGAUAUGGUGCGCCAGUGUCCCGGCCUUAACGAGAUUUACCUAAUCGACUGUCCACAGUUGAGCUGGAAAGUUCUGCAGGGGAUUUACCGAAUACGGAAGAGCGAAAACCUCAGCUACCCCAUCACGGUGAUCCUCAGUCAGUGCAAGAAACUCAAGGAAGUUUAUCAGAGCACGUACUCAGUUUACUGGUGCUUCAAGCUGUCCUACAUUAAAAUCGAACGCCUCAAAAAGCAAUGUCGACCCGUCAAGGAUAUACAGGUUUUUUUCAACGACAGCCAGUAGGAUCUCAGAUCAAAGAUAGCUAUAACUUAUUAAAAAUAAACAAGAUAUAUAUUGUUUAUUUUUUGAAGAAAUAAUGUCAAUUUAAGGUUAUUAAAAUGAAAAAAUUCUA